AUGUAUUUCUAUUUUAUCUUGUCAGAUGCGCCCGGCCCCAUCACGAAUGCUACCCUUUUGGAUAAAAAUAAUCCUUCUAUUUCUGCAGUUCCAUUGGCUUCAGAUCUCUGCAUUCAGGCGUCAUCGAAUGCCAGUGAAAUGCUUAAAGAUACGCAGAAUGGUCUUAAUGUUUUACCUGCCUCACGGAUGCGCAAGAGAGCUCAGUUUAGAAUGGUAACCAUCAGCCAGUGGUCUUAUUUGCAAAAGAUUUACGGUGGUGGACCUGCUAUCUGUCUGUCGAUUGGCUCAACAGCUGAACCUCUUAAUUUACAACCACUUAAUCAAUUCUCAUUUUCAUCAGGUUACAUGGUUCCUGCUUUUGCCAAAAAUUCCCAAGUUGACCUAGGAUUAAAUUCUCUUGUAUCGGCCUGUGGAUCAUCCUCUAAUGGAGUGUCCGAACAGGCCGAAAGUGAUACAUUUUGCCAGAAACAAGUUGAAGCCUCUUAUCUUUCAAGCUCUGGUUUUCCUGAUUAUACAGCAUUUGACAUGAACUUCAAGUCACCCAAUGUUUCUCUUGUCCAGAGACAACUUCCUACCUCCUCUCUUGGCGAUUGUGAAUCCUCAACCACCCUGCAGCUGCAUCAGGCCAAUGAAAUCGGGUAUGAUGAUGGAUACCAAAAGAAUGGAUCAACUGCUCAUUCAUAUAGCUCGAUCAAACGAAAUUGCCCACAUGAUUUGAUCACAUCAAGCCAGGAUGAGCCAAUGCAGUGCUCGCAUUUGCUUCAUCUAAACGAUAGCAGUGGGCCUCAGUUUGAAGCCUCUAAUGAGAUGGCCUUAUCGUUUAAUCAGACAGACCAAACGGCAAACUCCCUUUUUCGUUCUGCCGCGUCAAGAGUAAGAAAGCUUAUAUUGAAUUAUUUGGAUCUUAGCUAA